AUGCCAUCCGAGAAGUAUAAAGAAGAGGAAAACAGGAUCUCAGAGGCCUUAGAGAUACUUAGGAAAAACCCGGGGCAAAAAAUCAAGCCGUUGGCGCGCGGCACUUCUCAACUAAACCGACGACCAACGCACAAGCGAUUGACGGAGGAUCAAGAACGCGCUAUAAUUCUAUGGAUGAAUGAUCUAGAUGAUAGAGGAAUCCCUCCAACCGUCCGCAUGAUUAAAAACUACGCGGAUAAAGUGCUUCAAAAUAUGCACCCCGGCGCGGAUAACCCCCCUCAACUCGGGGAUCGCUGGGUCUAUCGCUUCCUCAAACGACUGCCCAAAGAAUACGUCAAAAUGAAGCAAAAGACUAUUGAUCCAAAGCGACAUCUUGCUGAGGACCCGAGCUUUAUACAGGCCUGGUUUGACCGUCUAGAAACUGCAAUAGAACGCUAUAAGAUUACACCAUCUAAUAUUUGGAACUUUGACAAAUCUGGAUUUCAAAUUGGACAAGGGGGGGAUGAAGAAGUUGUAACAAGAUAUCACGGGACCACCGCCAUACAGGUAGACGUCGGUACCGCAUUGGGCCUAGCGUGA